ACAUCAACCGGGCCCGGCCGGCCUUCGUUAAUUUAUGCUCGCGCUCCUCUUUAGUUGCCUUGCAAGUCUCGUGCUGUUUGAUCGCCGAAGCGCGUAAUUCCAAGAAAAGUUCACGUUGCGCCGAGCUGGAUUGUCGCCGCUAGCCCGCUAUCGGGUGGAGAGUCGCAAACUUCCGUCGGAAUCGGAAAUCGCAUAUGUCAGAGUUCUUGAUGAUGAGGUGGAGCCUUUCGUCCACUUCGAAUGUGAUUGUUAGGGAAUAGUUGAAUUUUUCGGUGUCAUUGUUGUGGAGGUGGAUUGAAUUUGAGGCACUUUGAUUGAAAUCGAAGCCAAAGCUAUUUUCGUUGAAAAGUGAAACAUCGACCUAAUUUCUAAGUUAAUGAAUAAGCAAUUGGAUUUGGACAAAUAUGGAUAUGUCUAGCGCCAACUCUCUGCGGCCUCUAUUUGCGGGUUAUCCCUUUCAAGGACAAGGUCGCGUUAACCAACUCGGAGGAGUCUUUAUCAAUGGUCGUCCGCUGCCCAAUCACAUUCGCUUAAAGAUCGUGGAAAUGGCGGCAAGUGGAGUUCGUCCCUGCGUAAUUUCACGCCAGUUGCGGGUUUCGCAUGGGUGUGUGUCAAAGAUUCUAAACCGUUAUCAGGAGACGGGUUCGAUUAGGCCAGGGGUCAUUGGUGGAUCAAAGCCAAAGGUGACCUCGCCUGAGAUUGAGACACGGAUCGAUGAGUUACGGAAGGAGAAUCCCGGCAUAUUUAGUUGGGAGAUACGAGAAAAGCUGAUCAAGGAAGGCUUCGCGGAUCCACCAUCAACAUCAUCCAUCAGCCGCCUGUUAAGGGGUAACGAUCGCGGUAGCGAAGACGGUCGUAAGGACUACACCAUCCAUGGAAUUCUAGGCGGCCGCGAUUCGGAUAUUAGUGAUACGGAGUCUGAGCCUGGAAUUCCACUGAAACGCAAGCAGCGACGAUCCCGUACCACUUUCACCGCUGAGCAAUUGGAGGCUUUAGAAAGGGCCUUUGCCCGAACCCAAUAUCCAGACGUAUAUACCAGGGAGGAGCUAGCCCAAACCACAGCCUUGACUGAGGCACGCAUUCAAGUCUGGUUCUCGAAUAGAAGGGCUCGUCUCCGGAAACAUUCUGGAGGAUCAAGCUCCGGUCUUUCGCCAAUGAACAGUGGCAGUGCAAGUGUGGGCGUUGGUCCUAGCGGAGCGACAGCUCCCCUCGGCUUCGGUCCCCUCGGCGUUGGCUCAAUGGCGGGCUACAGUCCGGCUGCAGGGGCCACCGCCAAUGGAGCAAACAUUAACGAUGGUGUUCAUCAUUCUGCUCAUGCCCCAAGCUCCCACCACAGUGCAGCAGCUGCAGCAGCGGCUGUGCAUCAUCACACACAAAUGGGCGGCUACGACUUGGUACAAAGUGCCGCACAGCACGGAUUCCCUGGAAGCUUUGCACAGCCCGGACAUUUUGCCAGUCAAAACUAUUAUCACCAAGACUACUCCAAGCUAACCAUCGAUGACUUCUCCAAAUUAACCGCCGAUAGCGUUUCAAAGAUCUCGCCUUCCUUGCACUUAAGCGACAACUACUCAAAGCUGGAAACUCCCUCAAAUUGGUCGCAGGCUGCCUACCAUCUCAACCAGUCGGCUGUUGCGGCAGCCAACUACAAUGCCCAUGUUGCCCAGCACCAACUCAAUGAUUAUGCCGCUGCAGCGGCACAUGGAAAUGCUGCAGCAGCCGCUGCCUACAAUCACCCGUUGCCGGCGCAGGGUCAGGCCAAGUAUUGGUCGUGAGUUAAUAAAGCCGGUGACGACACUCUACGAGCGUUUUGCACGCUCAGGGACAGAACCCCAUUCAAAUUU